AUGAAGAGCUUUGGUCCCGAAGUACCAUAUCUUAGUGCAAUUGGUGCACUUAUGUAUCUUGCUAAUGCUACAAGACCUGACAUAGCGUUCUCUGUUAAUUUGCUAGCAAGAUAUAGCUCUUCUCCUACACGAAGACAUUGGAACGGAGUUAAGCAUAUAUUGCGAUAUCUGAAGGGAACUAGCGAUAUGGGUCUGUUUUAUACUAACAAAGGUAGUACAGAUCUUGUUGGUUAUGCAGAUGCAAGUUAUUUAUCUGAUCUGCAUAAAGCUCGAUCUCAAACAGGUAUUUUUACAUGCGGUACUUGCUACACCACAAAGCAGUCCAUUGUUGCUACUUCUUCGAAUCAUCCGAGAUAA